ACGAAAUUCACUUUAUUCCUACACUCGAAGUAUGAGAUGCCAUGUCAUUUAGCAUUGAAACUACUGAAUAGUUUUGAAUUAUUCAAGAUCAAGAUGUCCCCAUUUAUCACCUUAAUACUUUGGAUUGUCCUGGCAAUCCAAGUCAGUGCCACUAGAUUCGAGGACUGUGGAUCAACGAGUCAGGUGACAGCAGUUGACUUUUCCGGAUGUUCUGACGAUGACAGUGUUUGCAUUGUGGACAGGGGGACCGUACAAAACAUAACUAUAAAGUUUGCAUCCAAAGAGGAAUCGAAAUCCGUUGACGCUGUGGUAUAUGGUCAAGUUCUGGAUAUUCUUCUACCUUUUGAAGUGCAACAACCUGACGGAUGUAAAUCUGGCAUCUCAUGCCCACUUACAGAUGGAACAAGUUACACUUACCAUGGUAGUGCGGACAUGAGGGAAUUAUCUCCUCAAACAAGGGCAAUACUUGAAUGGUAUCUCAAAGAUGAUGAAUAUGAUAAUAUUGUUUGUGUUCAGAUUUCAUGUGAAAUUAAAUAAUUUUAUUGGUUAUUUAAUGAAUUAAAAUAAUAUUUCACAUUUUAAAAUUUUGAGCAAUAAAAAUGAU